CACUGCUGAUGCCAAUAAUAAAUCUAUUGGAACGGGCUAAUUCUCACAAAACCUCUACCUCCCCUCUGACAAGCGUCUAUAUCUUUCUUAUUCCUAUCCUCAUCCCUCUUCAACUUGUUAUUAUAUUUUGCUGUCUUUUUGAACAAACAGUUAGCGUCUUUGCUGCACAGCAAAUCGGUCAUUCCGAUCUAACAAUUCUGUCUGGCUCACCACACAGCACCUUCACUACAGAUGGCGCUACUUCGCUCGGAAUCAAACCCAUAUCUCAACGAGCUCGAUUAUCACUCUAACAGUCCUUCAAACAAGCCUCUGAAUCUACCUGCAAAUUCUCCUUUUGAAUCUUACGAGUUCGGUCAUCUCUCUCCUCCAUUCCCCCAUACUCCGUCAUACAAUGGAUCCUAUCAGAACUCUCCCUACUCUGGUCAGUCAGAGCUGAGCUAUGAUCCAGAUGGUCCAGAGAGUUUUGGUCUCUUUGAUGGAGAUGCGAGCAAUGUCGCAUCUCGCGAUGAAUAUGACCCCUCCGAGUAUGAUCCACCAAAUUCUGGUUUGCUCAUGUUUCAAGGCGAAUACAUGCCUGACGUUGAUCACAAUUCACUUUCCGUGACUCGUGCAUCUUUCGAUAAUCUCUCUCCAAAUGUCUUCGAUCAUAGUUCUCCAUCCAGCAACGGAGGAGGAGAUGAGCCGCGUAGUCGUGCUUCUUCAGUCUCAUCCAACCCACAAAUUCCCACGUCGUCCCCACGUCUCGAUAUGGCUCAUUCAUUCGAAAAUCUUCAUUUUGAAUCCCCCCAUUGGCAGUCUCAUAAACUCCCCGGAGAUCGAUCCAUGUCACCCCCAAGAAAGCCCCAGUCCCCCCCCUCAACUUUUAAUUCCUGAUACCAGUCCAGCCACCCAUUCAUUAUUCCCUCAGGAACCUCCAAUGAUCAACGCUCCAGACGGUGAUGGUGGUUUUACUUCCAGCGGUCCCCAAUUGCACAUUGUUCCUGCUACACCAAUAAGUGGCGGGGGAGCGGCUUCACAAGCGGUUCCUUUUCAUUCUACCCUGAAAUCUCUCCAUCAAGGCAAGUUGACUCCGUGAUGGAUCUUGUUUAUUUGGGAAUCGCUAAUUGCCUUUUAUAUUUUUGUUUGCGUCUUACGUCCGUACAGGAUC